CUGCAGAGCUCCAUGAUCACCUCUCCGUCCUUCAGGUUCAACAUGUGGGAAAGUAAAAGGUUUUGCUUUCUGCUUCUGGUGUGUGUUUUUCUUGUGGAUCCAACAUGUUGUUGGCACGACCUCGACAACAGCGAGUACGACUGCUGGCCUCUGGACCGACCCAACGAGUACAACAUGAUCGACUGUGGCGGUCUGGAGAUGGCCUGGGUGGUUCGUCCUCCAGAGACAGUGAAGAGCGGCGAGGUGUUCAACGUGGUGUAUUCGGUUACAGCCAGAGACUCUUUCUACCAAUGGGCCAUCGACAACAACAUCUUCACACACAGUUCAAUCCUAGACGCUGAAGCAGCUCGCAAGUUUUGUGAACAUCUGGACUGUCCAGCCAACUGGGUGGACGCUGACGGAGAAAACUGCUGCAUCCAUCACGCCAACAUCCACUCCUGUCCACUGGGAUACAUGACGUCGGCGAGCAUCUGUGGUCCCUGGAUUCCUGAUGACGGAAAGAUUGUCACACACACCAUCUCCACCUCCGGAAAGAUGACCCAGACCAACUGGACUGCUAGGGUGGUUUUGUUCCAUGCAGGCCUAACCUCGCUCAUCGCUCACAUUCGAGUUGGUCGCAUGCAGGCGGCCCUUGAGGCCAAGAGCACUGUGCAACCUGCUGUAGUUUGUGGGGAUGGUCUCUGUGAGGAGGCGGAGCUUUGUUCCACCUGUCCAGCUGACUGUGGCGAUUGCCCCAUGAGUGCAACCACCAAGCUAGCCAUCGGCCUGCCGCUCAGCCUGCUCUGCCUCUGCCUCAUACUGACUGCUGUGUGGCUGAAGUAUCAGAAACGGAAGCUGUUGUGGGACGAGAGUUGGAUCAUCGACUACGCAACGGUAAAACAAGAUCAGGAGGCUCGUAUGACCAUGGGCAGUAUCAUGAGCGUACCUGUGGGGAACAGCGACAGUAACACCAGCUGUGUGACGGCUCUCAGCUCCUACAUCGGCCAACCAGGGACCCGGAAAACACUCUUCACCAGCACUGGGAUAUAUGAUGGCAGGACGGUGGCCAUCAAGAGGAUUCAAACUAAGACUUUCUCUCUGUCCAAGAUCAUCAGACAGGAAGUCAAACAGGUCAGGGAGCUAGAUCAUCCCAACCUGUGCAAGUUUAUCGGCGGAUGUGUUGAGGUGCCUAAUGUUGCCAUAGUAACCGAGUACUGCCCAAAAGGAAGCCUAAACGACGUUCUUCUUAACGAGGAUGUCCCGCUCAAUUGGGGCUUCAGGUUUUCCUUCGCAACGGACAUCGCCAGAGGGAUGUCGUACCUUCACCAACACAGGAUCUGUCAUGGCCGACUGAAGUCUCUAAACUGUGUCUUAGACGACCGCUGGGUCUGCAAAAUAACCGAUUACGGUCUGAGGAUGUAUCGCAUGGGCGACGGGGCAGAGCCUCUCACCACCUAUCAGCAGAGACUGCUGGAGGUUUACAUGCCACCUGAGUUUCAGAACACCAACGUGGAGCCGACGCUGGCGGGAGACGUGUUCAGUUAUUCCAUCAUUCUGCUGGAGAUAGCCACUCGCAGCGACCCCGUCCCGGCAGAGGAGUCGAACCAGGAGAGCGCCUGGUGUCCUCCUCUACCUGAACUCAUCUCCAGUAAGGCCGACAGCACCUGCCCCUGUCCAUCUGACUACGUAGAGCUCAUCAGGCGAUGUCGUUCUGUUAAUCCCGCCCACCGACCCACCUUUGAACAAAUCAGGAAGUUUGUUCACCGAAUCAACCCGAUCAAAGUCAGCCCGGUGGACAUGAUGAUGAACCUGAUGGAGAAGUACAGUAAACACCUGGAGGUGUUGGUGGCUGAGAGGACUCAGGAUCUGAUGCACGAGAAGCAGAGGACGGACCGACUCCUUUACAGUAUGCUUCCUAAACAGGUAGCUGACGACCUGCGGCAGGGGAAACCUCUGCAGGCUCAGAGCUACGUCAGCGCCACCGUCUUCUUCAGUGACAUCGUGGGCUUCACUCAGCUCUCCAGCAGCAGCACGCCGUAUCAGGUCGUGGACUUCCUGAACAAACUGUACACGACGUUCGACGACAUCAUCGACAUCUACGACGUCUACAAGGUGGAAACCAUCGGAGACGCCUACAUGGUGGUGUCCGGCGUUCCCCAAGAGAACGGGAUCCUGCACGCCUCAGAGAUCGCCAGCAUGGCUCUGGACCUGGUGGGCGUCUGCCGCACCUUCAGGAUCCCCCACAAACCCAGCAUGCAGCUGCAGAUACGAGCGGGGAUCCACUCCGGUCCCGUGGUGGCGGGGGUCGUGGGGACCAAGAUGCCUCGUUACUGUCUGUUUGGAGACACGGUGAACACAGCGUCCAGGAUGGAGUCCAACAGUCUGGCUCUGAAGAUCCAGUGCAGCUCGUCUGCUUUCUACCUGCUGGAGGAGAUCGGAGGCUACGUGCUGGAGUGCAGAGGGACGCUGCAGGUCAAGGGAAAAGGAGACAUGGUGACUUACUGGUUAGAGGGGAAGAAGAAGUGUCCGGUCUCCAAGGACGCCCCGCCUGACGACAGGAUGUCCAAACACGGCGCCAUGGAGGAGGGGGGGGCGGAGCAAGAGGAGGAGCUGUUUGCCUCCAUACCGGGUGUUCUCCACGAGGACCUCCUCCUGAAUCCGGCCUAAAAAACUUUAUAUUGUUUUCUUGAUGUGAUUCUUCAGUGCUUUUUUUAACAGUUGGCUUUCUAAGUUAGCAUUGUGUGUUUCGUGUAUGAGCGGUCGGAUAUCAAAUAAUAAAAUGAAGCUGAAAAAAACAUGUGGAUUCAUCCCAUAUCUCUGGUUAGCAGUUAGCUUAGCAUCACUAAUAUGUUGUUUAUUUGGUAAAUCUGUCAAUCAUCUGAACAAUUUGGAA